GAAGAAGGUCAUCGCGCGCGUGUGACAGCAACGGGGAAACAACGGCAGCAUCGGCGGCGGCAACAACGACCGCUCCGAAGCUUACGCGCUGUCGUUGGCGACAGCGGCGUCGGCGGCUGCGUUCUGUUAUUAUUUUGCCGCGGUGCUUUUGACCCUUCGUGCCGGGCGAGUUCAUUGCAGCGCUGUCGCGGGGGUGUCAGCCGGUAGUACGUCCACACCGCGCUUUCUCCACCACCCCCUCCUCAUCCUCCUUCUCCUCCACAACCGUCCGUCUGGCGGCGGCGGUGGCGGCGGCAGCAGCAGCAGCAGCAGCGCCGGCGUCGACGGAACAUCGACGGGCGCCUCGUGAUCGUCGCGACGAGCGCGAGGACGGGGCGCGUCCCUAAGGCGCCCGUCGUCGGACCCGCGGCCUCCCGGGGAUCCCGGGGAACCCCCCUCGUUCGCGAAAGGAGAGGAAAGAAAUCGUCGCGCUCCUUGCCCCGCGCGCGCACGCGAGCGAGAGAGAAUACCACGUGAUAGUCGUCGUCGCCGCGAGGGAGUCGGCGAACGACGGCCAGCCAGCGGUAAGUCAGUCAGUAGUUCGUGGGGCCGUGCGGCGUCACGCGGUGACGCCGAUGACCAUAACCUGAAAGGACCGGCCGCGCCGCGACCGACACGCGCACGCUCCGCCGUCGAAGAGGAUACUUUGGGAUACCACGACGGGAGAACGAACGACCGGGACUCCGUUUCCGGGAAUAAUAUCGUCGCUUCGCCCUCGUUUUCGGGGUUUCGACCGACCAGGAGGUGGCGGGAAGAGGAAGGAAACGUCGAACGGGGAAGCUCCUUCGGCGCGUUUCGGCAACUUUGGCAGGUCGAGCGGAGAGACCACGUGUGAGUCACGUCGGCCGAUCAUCGAUCAAUUACCAUCGUCGUCAUCAUCGUCAUCGCCAAUCGUCAACCAGCAGCUUGCAGCACCACGUCAUUUUAGCAACGCUGCUAUCGCAUCGCCGCAUACGCCCAACCGCGUGACGCCGAUCGUCGCACCGCGAAUCCGCUUCCUCGCGCGAGAGGAAGAAGAUAAAGAGGGAGGGAGAGAAAGACGCGCCGGCGGAUACCACAGUGUUUCACGGCCGCGACCCGAUUGCGAUCGGCGAAAGGAAAGGCGGCGACGAGCGAGGAUACACACACAUACACACGGGGGUGUGCGUGCGUGCGUCGCCGUUAUGCCGCGCGUCGCGGUGACAGCUCGACGACGAUAAGAGCGGCGCUCGGCGUCUCCGUUUUUCCGCCGAGUGCUCGCGCGCGGUUUUCGCGCGCCGGGACAGAGAAAGUCAAGUCCCGCCCGCGUCGCGUAUUCCACUUUUCUCAUCUCUCUCUCUCUCAUCUCCCUCCCCCGCCUCGCUUCUCUCUUCCUCCGACACGCCACCGCUGUCACACGGGGCAUCACGUCGCUGGAUUUCUGCACCGUCAUACGUUCCUAUCCCCCCUCCCCCCUCUUCCUCUCACCUACGCGACCCGUCGGUGAAGUGCGCGACUGUUGUCUGAAGAAACCAGUGGUGAAACGUACGUAACAACGUGGUGUGUGGUGUUUUGCCGCGCGUAUAUUGUUAUAUUUACGCCAUACGACAAAAGUCUACAUAUACGUGUGUGUGUGCGCGCACGUACCAACAUCCGUGUCGUUGUCCGACGGGUGUCCGAUAGUGCGCGCGAGCUUCUUCUUUCUCGCGUGUGUGCCGAGUUUUUCUUCCUCGACCGGAUCUACCUGCCUGUGCCGCACAUCCCUGCGCGUGUGUGCGCGCGCGCGCGCGCGUGUUCGCGUGUGUGUGUGCGUGUGUGCGUGCGCGCGUCCUGCGUCCACUCCCCCUCCCCUUCCUGCAGCUACCUGUUCCCCUCGCCUGUCGUUCACGGCAUCGGUCGCCGGCUUGUUUUUUCGACCAAGCUGAUCGUCAGGAGAGGAAGUCGCACGAGCGUGACGGACAAAGGGGGACACGUUCCAGCCCGCGGAAGAAGGAUCGAAGCGUCGAAGGUAUCGUCGUCGUGUUACCCCGCCGCCGGUGAAGCAUGGGUGAGGCUGACAGCGACGCGAAGUGAACGGGCCCUCUCAUUCUCCACACUCCCACCCUUUCGAAAUACGCACCUGCUGACAAACAGAAAACGAAGGCUGAAAUCCUCUGACUAUACAUAUAUUUAGAAAAAGGAAGAAGAAAGAGAACAACGGAUCACCGCCAAAAGCUAGUAGAAUUUUAGUCAAAGUGUGAAAGAUAGAAAGAGAGCGAGAGUGUGUGCAAGAUAAAAAAAAAAUAUAUAUAUACAUAUACCCGAUAUACAUAUAUGUAUAUAUAUAGAAAGAGAACAAGAGAAACACACGAGAUAUACAUAUUAUAUAUAAAUAUAUAAAUAUAUAUAUAAAUAAAAAGAAGGAAAAAGAGAGAGAGAGAGAAAAAAACAGCGUAAUUCGUGAGCGUGCAUGUAAAUAAGAGCUAUUUUUCGUAUGAGUGCGAGAAAGACGCGCCCUGGCCGGAGAGAAGCGAGAAACGACACGUUCGAGAGCAUCUUCGGACGAGGGAAGAUUUAGGGUGCUCCUCCUGAAAAAGCCGAAUCGUCAAGUGGAGUAUAAGAAGAGGAAGAAACGGAGAAGGAAGAGAAAGAAAAGGAAGAGGAUCGCAGUGGCGGCUGAGGAGAGCGAAAGGAUACCGUCGCGUCACGGUUGUUUGGACGUUGUUUCGAUGUUCUCCAGUCCGGAUCGCCGGUGUUUCUCCCCCCUACAGAGGAAUAGCCUCUCUCGCGGAGACUGAUCGGGCCCGAUAUUUCGCGAGAGAAACCGCGGUGAAGGAGAGGUGAACGAGUGUACGGAAGGGUGAAAAAAAAAAGUAGGAAAGGAGGAAGAGGAGAGAGAAAGAGAAAGAAAUUAUAGAGAGCGAUCGUGCGGCAUCGAAAGGGCCGGAUCCAUGUUGUGAGCGUCUGAGGACUGCCGAGGGCAGCAGCGAAAGGGCGGAGUAGGGUGCCGCCGCCGUUAUGGAGUACGGUGGCGGGGGCGGUGGGACACGCGGGGGUGUCCAGCCACCCUCCGCGGGGACGAGGGGCAUCGCCGGCACCGACACUACCGACGCUGCGUGGCACAAACACGAACAAAUGAUGCUUAUGGAGGCAUCCAGGCACAAGCAACAAUUGAGCGGGAGGACGGGGACCGGCGGUGCGCCCCUUUACGGGCGCCUGGUGGCCGAGGAGCCCAUGCCCUCCGCGGUAUGCGGUGGAGCGGGUGCCGCGGGUGGCGGGGCUGCCGGCGGGGUUCCGCAGGAGACCCCCUCGGACAUUCACGCCAUGCAGGCCAGGAUACCCCACAGGUUUCGCGAUCCAGCGACGGCGCCCCUCAGGAAACUCAGCGUCGACCUCAUCAAGACCUACAAGCACAUCAACGAGGUUUACUAUGCGAAGAAGAAGAGGAGAGCGCAGCAGAUGCAAGGAGAAGAUGGCUCGCAUAAGAAGGAAAGGAAACUCUACAACGAUGGCUGGGACGACGAUAAUCACGAUUAUAUCAUCAAGAAUGGGGAAAAGUUCCUCGAUCGAUACGAGAUCGAUUCGUUAAUAGGUAAAGGCAGUUUCGGCCAAGUAGUAAAAGCAUUUGACCACGAAGAGCAGACGCAAGUGGCAAUAAAAAUCAUCAAGAACAAGAAACCUUUUCUCAAUCAAGCGCAAAUUGAAGUUAGACUAUUGGAAAUGAUGAACAGAGCGGAUACCGACAACAAGUAUUAUAUAGUUAAAUUGAAGAGGCAUUUUAUGUGGCGGAAUCACUUAUGUCUAGUAUUCGAGCUGUUAUCGUAUAAUCUAUAUGACCUACUUAGAAAUACGAAUUUCCGAGGAGUGUCAUUGAACUUGACAAGAAAGUUUGCACAGCAACUGUGUACUGCCCUCUUGUUCCUGUCUACGCCGGAAUUGAACAUCAUUCACUGUGAUCUGAAACCUGAAAACAUUCUUUUGUGCAAUCCCAAACGAAGUGCGAUAAAAAUAGUCGACUUCGGUAGUUCGUGUCAACUUGGACAAAGAAUAUAUCAGUAUAUCCAGUCCAGGUUCUACAGAUCUCCAGAAGUUCUAUUAGGAAUACCUUAUGACCUCGCAAUAGACAUGUGGAGUCUGGGAUGUAUUUUAGUAGAAAUGCACACGGGAGAACCUCUGUUUAGUGGGGCCAACGAGGUUGAUCAGAUGAAUAAAAUCGUAGAAGUACUAGGAAUGCCGCCGAAACAUAUAUUGGACCAAGCGCACAAGGCGCGGAAGUACUUUGACAAAGUCCCCACGGAUGGCUCGUACGUGCUGAAAAAGUCCAAAGAUGGUAAAAAAUACAAACCUCCCGGCACGAGGCGCUUACACGAUAUUCUAGGUGUCGAAAGCGGCGGCCCUGGCGGCAGGAGGAUAGGGGAACCAGGCCAUUCGAUGUCCGAUUAUCUCAAGUUCAAGGACCUAAUUGUACGGAUGUUGGACUUCGAUCCGAAGACACGGGUAACACCAUAUUAUGCGCUUCAGCACAACUUCUUUAAAAGGACAGCCGAUGAGGGGACCAACACGAAUGUCGCUGCUGCCAAUAGCGCGAGUACGAGUCCGGCAGUGGUGAUGAGCCAGGAUCACGGACUGGUAACCAUGUCGGGACAGGGCAGCAGCAGCAGCAGUGGCGGCGGCGGCAGUCUGCAGCAGUUGCAAGCGUCGAAUGUCCCUGGUGGUGGCUACCAGCCAAUGGACUGCGAGUCCUCACCCCGUCACACGGGCAGUCGGCGUGCCAUAACAACGGGCUACCCAUCAACGUCGGCCACUGGGGUGCCCGCGUCCGCCCCGAUGUCCAUGCAAUCCAUGGACAGCUCCCUGAUACAGAGCUCUCUUGGAUCGUACAAUAGCCUAAUUCUUCCUGGUAUACCCCAUCUGCCUGCAAUGAUGACUUCACCGAUGAUUCAACAGCAGAACUUUUACAACUACGGCUACUCGGCUACUGAUACACACAGUAUGGUCAGACAACCGUCAACGGUAUCGUCCAGUAACCAGCGAGAUCCAGAGAGAGAAGACAGCCCGAUGGUCGGAGUAUGCGUCCAACAAAGCCCAGUCGCUAUCCACUAAGUGGUAAGGAGGGGCAAUGGACGGUGGACAAUACAGCUUGUCGCGAACGCAAGACCGUGAAAAAGAUGAGUAGCUAAUUUACAAAGACGGUAUGCUUUGAGAAUGGAUGUUAUGCUACACAAUGUGGCACUGACAAGAAAACGACAGAAGAACGGAUAAAUGGCAUGUUGAGAAACAUCUUGAGAGUCAUUUCUCGAUGCCGCUUUCUCAUCACAGAGUCAAAAGAAAACAAAAAAACACGGUGUCUCGCGAUUAGCCUCAACUUCGGCAAUGGAUUCAAGAAAUUUUUCGGACAUGUUGGUUUGGCUGAACAAUUCUGAAAAAUGCAAACGAAAUUUUCCGGAAAAUCCAAAGAAACUGCAAAUCACAAAGCACAAAUCUCUAUCAAGAGAUCAUAGAAACGAAAGAGUACCCUAAGUUCGGCGGCGUUAACUACUGUAUGAGAGAUCCAACAAGUAGAGGAGAAUGCGAUGGGAGGAAAAAAAGAGGAAACCUCUAAUUUCUGUUACGUUGCUGAAUUUUUCGUAUUUUUUAUCAAGCUGACUGGCCCUACGUUGAGAAUGGAUAUAUGUGUCUAACACGGAAGAUGUUGACGAAAGCUUCGAGCACGGACAGACAGUAAUGGUCUAGUGAGGAUGAACCCAGCUGGCCUCUCGGGUCCUGCCCGAUUUCCACAGACACUCUUAGCAGUUUUUUUUAGCAGAAACGGCUGAGCGGAAAACUUUCGGCAACCAAACUGUGUGGCCUAGAGAGCGAAAAAGUGAUAAUUACUAUUAUUACCGCGUAAAAAAAGAGAAAGAAGAAAUAAGAAUUACCAAUGUAAGCAUGUACUCCAAUAGAGUUUUAUACACGAUGUCACGAAUGUAAACGGUUUAGCAAGUAUUUGCGAGCAAACAGUCGCGUUGACUGCUAGUUAUUUGUACAAUACACUUAGGUGAAUGAUAAGAGUGCAGCUUUAGGGUUUAGCUUUUAAGUUUGAGGAGAUAAAAACACACACAUACAAACACAGACAUUAUAAAACUUGAUCUUUUAUUUACUUUAAUGGAAGACAAGAAUGUUGCAAACGUCAGUUUGUUGUUGAAAAGACUUUAAACAAACGAGGUUUGCGCGGCUUAACAACAAUACAUAUUUAUACAUAAAAAACGCAGUAAUAAGAAAGUUAAAAAAGCAGCAUACACGUAAGAUCGAUCAAGAAUGAUAUAAUCAUACAAAAAAACUAGAUACUUUAUAAUAAACAAUACGUGCGUACUCGCAUACACAUGUUUCCAACGCCAAUCGUCAUUGAUUUUUGCCGUUUUGCCCCGAUGGUCGUUGCGCUUAUGCCAUUCGCACCAAUCGUAAUAUAGUUCCUUUAUUUAUAUGGAGGAUUCUACUUUUAUUCGGCCAAAAUAUUUUUAAUAUCGAUUAAAAUGCGAUCUUUUUAUUAUUUAUGUAUUGUAAGACUAGAUGACGAACAAAAAUAGAAAUUAAUUAUUUCUUUCUUAUUAUCAUCAAUCACAUUUUGUCAUGAAACUACCAAUUGUAAGUGUAGUAUAGUACCUGAAGGCAGACCAUUAAAAUGCAACCAUAAUCCCUGUACCACCCAGAUGUUACAAAAGAAAAAAAGUAUGACUUAAUAGAAAAUAAUAAUAAUAUAUGCUAUAAAGAGAAAGAAAUCUUAAAGAAUUAUGCAUGUUGCUUUUCUAUAAAAUAUGGAAAUAUCAAGUCUGUUUACGAGGUAUAUUUUAUAUAUUUGCGGCUUUUUAUACUCUUUCAUAUAAAAGAUAACACACACAUAAACGCGGAGACUGUAACAUUUAGAGAAUAAUUUAUGUAUAUUAUCAUUUAUUAUAUUACGUUAUAUCGGACAAGCGUAAUCUUCUUUGUUGGCGGAUCGAUUUACUAUUAUUAAAUUAUUUUAAGAUGUAAUAUCUCAUUUUAAUUACUUUUUUGUGUGGUCUCCGAUAAAUGAAGCUACAUGUAUAAUUCCUAAUAUAACCGUCAUCUUUAACAUUUUAAUUGCGAUCUUUUUUGUACGAAAAUUUUAAUGCAUAAAUAUAAAGCAGCGGCAAAGCAAUUUCGUUUGCAUGACUGCGACUGUUGUCAAAAGAGCUUGGCCAAAAAAGAGAGUAUUAGACGACCAAGAGAAUUCUUACAAUGUAUUUUCUGGAAAAGUAACGAGUCUCACUGUGAAAUUUAGAUUUGAAUUCUUGUUGUAUUAGUUGUAAAUAUAUGAGAAAUAUAAGAUACUUUCGAGUAGCUGAGAAAAGUCUAACGUUUCACAAGCCAUUCGAUCUGCUAAGAAUCAUUUUAUUCGUGCGGCCUUUCGAAUGAUUUGUAUAUUUUUAUACACCUGCAAUACAAGAACAUUUGCAGAUACGAUUUAAUGAGAUAUACACGAGACGAUUCUAUAUUGCAACUCAGAUGUUGAAGUUUGUUAUACUCGAAUUUAUAAUAAGUUACCGAACGAAAACAAAUUUUCUAACAGUAUCUAAUAAUAUGUAAAUCAACCAACGGACAAAUAGGAAUACGAAGCCCACUGACACUUGUACCAUAAAUGUUUUUAUAUCGCAUUGAGAUUUACGGCAAUCGGUGCUUAAGAUACAUUAAAUUUCAAGAGUCGUAAUGAGUCUGUGUUGUGAUUAGAUAGCUCGAAAGCAAUGCUUAAAAUAGAUAGAUUCACUAUGACAUAAAUAAAUAAAGAGCGAAGAGAGAACAGUUUUCCGAAAAAAAUCAUCUAAAAAAAAAAGAAAUGUAAAACGGGAUAUGUCGCACCUUACCUCAAUGACCUUUUUGAUAAUUUCCGCAAUUGAAGUUGUACAGGAUAUGAUUUGUUAGAUGUAGAGAGAUUAAAUGGCGGGAUGUCCAGGAUUUUCUAUGAUAAAUUCUGGGCGUCUUCGUAAAUAAUACCUUGUUGAACGGCAAAAAUCAGUACGCUCUAUAAAUAUAGACAAUGUGCGAUAUAUGUAUGUAUAGAAAAUAUAUAUGUAUAUAUAAUAUAUAUCAUAUUAUGUAUAUUAUAUACAAUAUGUAUAAUAUAUAAUAUUAUAAAUACAUACUAUACAUUAUACAUAUAUAUACAUAUAUAUUAUACAUAUAGAUAUAUCACGUGCCCUCUUCCGAAUUCAUCUUGUUACACGCUGUGCUCACUAGUCCUGCAAACAACGGUGUUCACAUUCUCGGAGAGAAACGCCAUUCGGAAACCUCUGCAUAUUUGGAACUAUUUUUUAUCAUUCGAAUCAUUUAAAUUGCACCCUAGCGCGACGACGAUCACGUGCAAGAGGAAUAACGGAGGCCUGGUGUCGGUCCUUUCUCUGUUGGAGAGAGGUGUGCGUAAUUCGACGGACUGCUGGGCACAGCGCCGCGUUUGAUAAUGCAUCGUUCUCCUUUUGACAGCAUUGUUGGUUUUAACUGGAUGAUUAUUAUCGUUUACCUAUAGUGAUCGAUCGGUUAUAAUGACGCACGGUCUGUCAGGAGGAACGCGCGACCGGCGCGUAAUUUUUAAACUGUCGCAAAAUUGCGGUGAUGGAAAUACGACAUGUAGAACGCUGGAACUAAGUCGCAAUUAAAUCAGUUAACCACCGUUGCUGACAACCGCUUCUCGAGGCUUCCACCAGAACGUGAUCCUGAAAUAAAGAUCGUUAGAUUGACCUAACGGCGACAUAGCCCAGACAGCACACACGAUAUUCAUAGAAUCCAUAAAACUUCUAUCGACAUUGUACAUCCUUAGAAUGUCCUAUGGAUGUCAUCAGGAGACCUGUGCUGUGUGGGAGUCAUUUAUCAGUAUUCAUAUUAAUUUCUCGAAGAUCAUUUAUUAGUAUCAAAGAAGAGGCGUUCAAAAUAAUCGUUGUCUCUUCCUUUCUUCCACCGACCGCAUAGAUGACUCUUUGAAAACUUGUCUUCGAAAAAUGCUGUAAGCGAGAAGAUACACCGGAAGUUGACCGAGCCUAUUUCCUCAACGCGAUCGAAAUUUUUCUCACCUAAUGUAAUGCAAAAAAAAAGACUGCUCGCGUUGAAAUUCGCAUGAAAGUUAGAAAUACUAGUCGCCUUCCUUUUUGGCAGACCGUGAGUUUUUAGCAGAGCUAAAGGACACCGCCGGCGUCCAGGCCGAACAAGUUUAGGGACAAUUUUUUCACGGAUAGCCGCGGUAGGGUACGAUUCUCGAAUCGGGGAAAAAUAGCAAUUUAAAACGAUGUAUGAUGCAUCGAACGCUGCGAGGCGGGGUAAACGAGCUGUGCGAAAUAGAAAUUUUUUUGUUUGUGCGAGAGAGAGAAAAAGAGAGAAAGGGAGAGAGCGAAAGAGAGAGAAAAACAAAGGAGUGCGUUUUUUAAAAACGCACAUGCAGCAGCCUCUCCUAAUGGGAGAAGGAAAGCCCGGCGAACAGGACAAGAACUCCCCCUUAGGAUUCUUUUCGCUUUCCGAUACGCGCGCUUUAUUUCGAGUUCGAGAGCCACCGUUUCGGGAUGAAUUUGUCCACUCCAUUCAGCUGUCGCAAAAAUGCAAAGUAUUUAAGCCAAUUAGCAGACAACAGACGUAUACAUUUAAUAGCGUAAGAGCCAGCCGUAACUCGUGUUCCAAAUGAUUUGUUACUGCAUACGCCCAUACAUGUGCAUAUACGCAUGUGUAUGUUUGCAUAUGUAUGUAUAUAUAUAUUUUUUGUUUAUAUAAAAGAGGGAAUUUUAUUCGCAGAAGGAUCAUGAACAAGAGAAUAACGAUAACUGAAUAUAUUUUAAUGAUUAUUUAUCUUAGUUAACACACGUAUACAUGUAACAUUUUUAUGCAUUUUUAAACGUUUAUAGCGCGAAAGUAAUUUUUCAACGAACUUUCUUUGAUCAUCUGUUGCCCAGCGUAAUUUUAAAAUCGCGUGCUGACUGAAUUUACUGUUCAUAUUUUCCUCAAGCAGUUAUAUUAUUGUAAUUUUUAAGUUUUGUAACAUAAAAGUCUAUUUGUUUUUGUGUAAAAAGAAUAUAUAUAUAUAUAUAUAUAUAUAUAUAUAUAUAGAGAGAGAGAGAGAGAGAGAGAGAGAGAGAGAGAGAUAUCUGUUCUUCAAACACUAAUUUAUAUUUGUAUAUAUUGAAGACUUCUUGAAAUCUCAACGAAUAAUUUGGGCAAUGGAGGAUUAACGUAUUUAUAAAUUUUCGAUCGCGCAUAUAAUUCUUAAAUUGUUGUUCAACGCUGUGGGAAAUGUUUCUUUCGCGUGCUUCGCUCGUAUUUCUUUUUUCGGCGAUUAAGUUUCAACAAGGAUGAGAAGUAAUCGGUUAUAUGCAUUAGCGUUACUUUUUUAUAAUAUCCCAGUUUUAUGAUGAUGUUACAAUUUUUCAUAAAGGUAAUGAUAAGACCAAGAUUAAAAUAAUUACUUUUGACAACUUGAACUCGCGUUUAUUACGUGUUACUUAUUGAAAGGAAAAAAAAUCGUAAUUAUGUACUAACAAAGUGACUGUUUUAAUCUCGACGUUAUUACCAUCAUAAAAACAUGGUAACAUUAAAUCGUUAUUAUAAAAAAAAAGAAAAGUAACGGCGACGCAUUACUUGUAUAACGUGGUACUUUUCACCCUUGUAUUUCAGCUUGCAAAUUUAGCGCGAGUCGCACAUUGCGGCCUUUGACAAAGCCUGCUCGCGAAGCGCGCUCGCAAGGAAACUGGAUCACAAGAUCUUUGGAACAUGUUGCUGCGGCGGGGAAGUAAAGUAACCUAAGUUUCCUAACGUCAUAAAAGCAUUGUGUUCAGAAACAAAUAUUACUAUAAUACGACUGACAGAGAGAGAGAGAGAGAAAGAAAUGAUAGUUGCGCCUGAGACGCGUGAGCGUUCUUUAAGAAUCGAGCAUGAAAGAAUGAUAAUAUCUCGAUGUCUCGUUCGGCAUGCCAAUCGGGACAAAAAAAUAUAAGGGAUGAUUGAGACAAAGAGCGAGAAGAAAAAAAGAGAAUGCGCAUGAGGAUGUAUGCGUGCAUGUAUGAGAGAGAGAGAGCGAAAGUGAAAAAAUGUGAAUUAAGAAACAAAAAACCGAUUUAUUAAGAUGAAAAAAAA